GAGGCAGAUGCAACCGGAACGACGCGAUCAGAACACGCCGGCGCAGCCGAGACGACGAGAUCCAGACCCGAACGUCGCCGGUUCUGACGGUGACAGUGACGGAGAUGCCGGAGAAAACGAAAAAAAAAGUAACCCACCGAUCUGCUUUCAAAGAAGAACACGGAAAAAAAAAAAAAAUAAAUUGUGAUGUAGGUGUUGCCACGUCAGGAUGUAAAAAGUAAAAUGUGUGGCAUUUUCCGAAUGGAGGAUAUUAUAUUAGUUUCUGAGGAUGCUAGCUGCACAUAAGCAACAGAAAACAUUAAGAGAGAGAGAGAGAGAGAGAGAGAGUAUGGCACAGAGCUACUUUUACAAGGAUGUUCUGCCAUUUUCAGCCAUGGUAGCAGUAGAGUGCUUAGGCAUGGGCUUAUACACCUUAUUCAAAGCAGCCACUUUGAAAGGUUUGAGCUACUACGUCUUUGUUGCCUAUUCCUACGCCAUUGCUACAUUUGUCCUUCUCCCUUUGCCGUUCAUCUUUCGCCGAACCGCAGGGCUUCCUCCAUUCAAGUUGUCUCUCCUCUACAAAAUUUUCCUUCUUGGAGUGCUUGGGAUUUCAGGUCAGUUAUGUGGCUACAAAGGUAUAGACUACAGUUCACCAACUCUUGCUUCAGCCAUCGGCAACCUGUCACCGGCUUUCACCUUCAUACUUGCCGUCAUUUUCAGGAUGGAAAAACUAGCUUUGAGAAGCUCAAUCACUCAGGCUAAAAUCAUGGGCACCAUAGUAUCAAUAUCAGGUGCAUUGGUGGUGGUUCUCUACAAGGGACCGACGCUCAUAUCGGCAUCAUCUCAAUCACCAUCCCUUUCAGUUCAUUCUCCUCUGGGCUCAUCACAAACGAAUUGGAUCAUAGGUGGCCUUUUAAUUGCUGCCGAGUACCUUCUAAUAUCUAUCUGGUACAUUGUUCAGACCCAGGUAAUGAAAAUAUAUCCAGCAGAACUAAUUGUGGUGUUCUUGUACAACUUGUGUGCGACAAUUAUAUCUGCACCAGUGUGUUUACUAGCAGAAGCAAACCCAAGUGCAUGGAGACUAAGGCCUGAUAUAACCCUGGUCGCCAUUAUAUACUCGGGAUUCACUGGUUCAUGCCUCAGCGCUGUUGUUCACACAUGGGGCUUGCACUUGAAGGGGCCUGUGUAUAUAUCAAUCUUCAGGCCAUUGUCAAUUGCCAUUGCUGCUGCUAUGGGUGUCAUAUUCCUUGGUGAUGCUCUGUAUCUUGGGAGUGUUGUUGGAGCAAUAAUACUAUCAAUUGGGUUUUAUGCUGUGAUAUGGGCAAAAGCAAAAGAAGAACAAUCGAGCGAGGACUUUUGCUUUGGUAACUUGGAAUCUUCAUCUGAUGGAAAGACCCCUCUUUUGAAAAGCAACAAAGUCGAACGUAUGUAGUAUUCGUGCAUAUAUGCAGGUGAAUGCUAUUUUCAGCACCUGCUUGCAAUCUAAAUCUAAAUACCUAAAUGGUAUUUUCUAAGUUCAGAUCUAUCAUAGAACAAGUCAGAAUGGUAAAAGAGAAAUGAUUCAUGCACAAUAGUUGUACACAUGUUGUGCAUGAGUGUAGACAUAUAGGGUCUUACCCACAUGAAUCUCAUUCCAUAUAUCUACGAUUGUUGUGCAAGGAUCGGUGCUCGAAAGUAAAAAUGUUCAUCGGGAAUCUCUGGGUAUUGUCAACAAUUAGAAUCUAUACAGACCAAAGUUGUCUU